CGAAUAAUGUCAAACACACUGUUUAUUGUUAACAAGAGACUCAGAGUAUCCAGCCCUGUAGCUGUCAGACUUCCUCUAUUGAACGCAAAAAGUGCUGAUUUUGAGGACAGAAGAACUAAGAGGGCCCACAGAUACCAGAAGAGACAGCCCCUUCGGUCAAUUGGAAGGACUAAUAUUAAUGAGUUCUCCAAGAAUCUUAAUUGAAGAAAAGUCUAUAUUGCUCGACUGGUGAAUAAGUCUGAAUCUCAAGAUAAUGACACAUCAAGAAUUACUCAGAAGAACAAUUGGUUGCAAAAAUCACCGAUGAGCUUCUAUGACAAAAUCUCUUCCUCCGAACUAAUGAACUAUGAACUGAGCCUGAGAAUUCGUAAGCUGCUUAAGAAGAGAGGAUUCAAAUGACGCCUUACACAAAGACUCCUUAAGAAAGAAGGUUCAGGACCUAUCGGCCAAAAGGCAGUGCAAGCUGUUUAAAUAUCGAUUUCACCGUUAGAGAAAUAGCUUAAGACAUGAGUUAUAAAUUGUGAGGCUAAAUUACACCGGAAAAUAGGAGGGUGGUGAAAAUGAAGGUGACUUUGAAAUUCUUCAAAUUUCGCUGAAUUUUCAGAAUACGAGACAUGUACCCUAUCCUUACUUGGCCUGAUAAGCAUGAAAGAGACCUAUACUAUGGUUUAUGAGGCUAAGCAGAUUGAUAAUCUCACAUUUAAGCUAAUUUCUUACAAUAAAUACGAAUAAGUGU